GCACUUUUAUGACAUGCCCUGACCCCAUCUUCUGCGGUCGUCACUGUCUGCCAGGCCCUUUCAGGUUCUCCCCUCAUCACCGCCGUUUUCAAAUCACACAAAAAAGAACUGGCUAAAAAAAAGAGCAUCCUUUCAGGCUGAAAUAUGCCCUUAGCCGUAAGAGCACUCAGACCGCCACCAGAACAGCACCACAACCCGCUCCUUCAAGCCAUCGCAAACAGUGCUGCGUGAGGCAGCAACAGGGAGGUGCUCUAUCGCACGCUCACCCUGCGUGCUGCGGAGACAUAGUACGAGCAAGCCACAGUGGGGAGCUCAAAGCCCGUCAGCGGCGCUUGUUGCGGACAUCUCGCGGCUUUUCAAAUCUGAGCUCUGGCGUUGACAGUAGCAGAGUCAGCCCGGGCGCACGGUUCUUCAAGCGCUCUUGCUUUCUCCCCGCACCCUUCCCCCGCUCUAGCGGUCUCCCCGUUUCCGCCUUCACCCGUGGCCCGGAGAUGGGAGCCGGAGGGCUCGCGGCACAUGGCGGUGCCAGAAGGGGAAGCAGCAGCGGCGGGUGAAGGGGGAGCUGGAACGGGGGAGGGGGAAACGCGCCUGGUUGCGGAGGGCGGAUUGGCGGAAGGAGGAGCCCGUGUAGGAAGAGGGAGAUAUGGCGGAGAUGGGGAGAGGAGACAGCCUGGGGGGUACUUGACAGCGAGUGAGGAUGGAGAGAGGGAAGGGGAUCAAGGGAGAAGUGGGGGUGGUGGGAGUGGAGCGGAGUCAAAGUGUGAUGAGAGCAGAGGGGUGGGAGGGGAGAACUGUGUCUGGCAGGGAGUGGAACGAGCAGGGGGAGUGAAAUGGAGUGAUGAGAAUGCGGACGGGCUCGGGGAUGGAGGAGGGGAUGCAUGCGAGGCCAGCGGCAGCACGCCCAUGUACACUCCGGCAGAGAGCAUGGCGAGCAGCAGUGGGAGGGGCGGGCUGAGUGACAGUGGCAGCAGCAGUGUUGUGUGGAUGGAUGGUCGGGAGCAGCUCCUCUGGCGCGACGGCACGCUGGAGCUUGGGGAUGCGGAUGGCUGGGGCUCCAUUGGGGAUGGCCGUGGGUGCGAUGGGGAUGAUCAUGGUUGCGCUGCUGUCAGAACGAGAGACAGUGGCGGUGGUGAAGCGCAAGGGUGUCGUCCGGAUGGGAAUAUGGAUGGUGUUGGUGUUGGUGUUGGUGUUGGUGUUGGUGUUGGUGUUGGUGUUGGCGACAGCAUGGCCUGCCAUGGUUCUUCACGUGUGGUCGGGCCUGCUGCAUCGCCUGGUGCUUCUGGUGGUGCAUUCGUAGGUCGUACCUCUCUGGGCGAUAUUCGUCUGUCAGAAGCGGGACACGGAGCUCUGUCACCCCAUGCAGCCACGGCAACACACACACGUACGUAUACAGACACACCCGUGGCAGCAGCGACAGCAGCAGCAGCGGAGGAGGCGGCGGCGGCGGUGCACGUGCAGUUCAUCCCAGGCAGCAUCCUGGACGACUACCACGUGGGGCGCAAGCUAGGCGAGGGGCAGUUCGGGUCCACAUACCAGGUCACGGAACGGGCCACAGGCGCGCUGUAUGCCAUGAAGCUCAUCUCCAAGGCACGGCUGCGGCAGCUGGGGACCCACGUGGGCGAGGUGAAGCGCGAGAUCGCCAUCCUCUUUCGCCUGGCCGGCCAUCCCAACAUCGUGGUGGCACACGGCGCGUACGAGGACGACCGCAGCAUUGCGAUUGUCAUGGAGCUGUGCUCGGGCGGCGAGCUGUACGACCGGAUCCUGGACCAGGGGCAUUACAGUGAGAGGGAGGCGGCGAGCCUGAUUCGGACGAUUGUGGGCGUGGUGGGGUACUGCCACGAGAGGGGCAUCGUGCACCGCGACCUCAAGCCCGAGAACUUCCUCUUUGCGUCCCCGCAAGCUAACGCGCCCCUUAAGGCCAUCGAUUUCGGCCUCUCCGUCUUCUUCACCCCAGGGCAACCCAUACGCGCGGGUCUAGCAGGCAGUCCGCUGUACAUCGCGCCUGAGAUGGUGGCGUCCAACGGCACUUGCUACGGGCCCCAGGUGGACAUCUGGAGCGCGGGCGUCGUCAUGUACAUGCUGCUCUCAGGCUACUGCCCCUUCCCCACUGACCUGUCGAGCAUCGAUGACAUGUUUCGCGCCAUAUUGUGCACGCCCAUCGACUGCACCUCGCACCCCUGGCCCCUCGUGUCCUCUGACGCCAAGGACCUCCUCCAAGGCAUGCUCUGCCGCGACCCCGCCUUGCGACUCACAGCACAGCAAGUGCUCGCGCACCCCUGGUUGGCCAACACAGCAGUGCCACCGGACACGCCCCUUGACCCCCUGGUGCUGCGCCGCCUGCGCCACUUCGCUCGCAUGUCGCACCUCAGGAAGCUUGCCAUCCGGUUGGUGUCGGAGCAUCUGCCGGAGCAGCAGGUGCAGGGCAUGCGCACGGUGUUCCACGCCAUGGACACGGACCGCAACGGCGCCAUCUCCUUUGACGAGCUCAGGGACGGCUUCCGCCGCAUGGGGGCAUACAUCGCUGACGCCGAGCUCCGGCACAUCUACCACGCCGUGGACGUGGACGCAAGCGACGCCAUUGAGCCAAGUGAGUUCCUGGCUGCCACUGUGAGCUGCAGCUGCUUGCUGGACGACGAGGCGGCGCUGCAGCGCGCCUUUGCGCACCUGGACCGCGACGGCAGCGGCUCUGUCACCCUGGACGAGCUGCACGCCGUGUGCUGCGAGUUCCACAUCGACAUCGGGCGGCACGAGCUGGAGCAAAUGAUGGCUGAGGGUGACUCGAACCAGGACUGCAGCAUAGACUAUGGUGAGUUUGUGGCGUUGCUGCGCCGCCUGCACCCCUCAGACGUGCCGCCGUGCCACAGCCUGGGAAAGGACAAGCUCCUGCUGGCUGAUGCCACCAGGCAUAUAGAGCGCAUCCGACGAUACAGCACAAUAUGAGAACUACAUGUAAAUAUGAUGAGAUUAAAAUUCUGCUUGUGCUUCCAAAAUACUUGUGGUUGUGGCCCAGUGGUACAAGGAAGGGGGUAUUGUUAGAUUAGCAUAAAUGAACUAGAACAAGUGAGAACAGGGGAGAAGUAGGGUUGGAAAUGCCUCAGGAUAUCAGGGUAAAAUACCCUUACGGCCCUUAUAAUAAGGGUGGGGUAGCUGUUGGACCCUUAUUUUUAAAAGUGGUUUAGUUUUUGACCCUUAUGAAAAAAACUAGAUCUAUACGGGACCCUGUUUUUUCAAAGUGGUCGAGUGUAGGGACCCUGAUGCGGAAAAGUGUUGUGUAAAAUCACCCUUACACAAUCACACAUGCGAUCCCCCCUGAAAUAUUUUAUCCCCUUGGCAACCUGUAGAUUUCGGCUAAGUCCCCCCAAUCCGAGAGUCAUUCCUCCUAUACCCCCCGCAACCCAAGAUUUCGGCUAAGUCCCCCACUGCCUAAGGCAUUCCUCCCACAGCCCUCGAACGACCCCGAAAAAUUGGUGAAGUCCCCCACUCGCAGAGACAAAGCCGCUGUAGUA